CAUAAUCAGGAAAACACAAUGGCGGAUGCCAAUGCGGCUGUAGCUGUAGUGACUCUUUCAGUGGUUCUGUUAGGACUUGUGUCGGGGUUAAGCUUAUCGUGGGCUCUUCUACCAGUCGCUGUAGUUGUGCUUAUUUUUGUACUAGCCAGUGGAUUAAAGGGACGAGAUGAACUUGCACAUUUGAACGUUUGCGUGUUGGUGCUGGGAGAUAUAGGGCGCAGUCCUCGCAUGCAGUAUCAUGCGCUCUCUCUCAGCAGACACGGAUACAGUGUCACCCUAAUUGGCUUCCUUGGUAGUAAACCUCAUCAAGACAUUAUUGAGGAUGACAGGAUAGACAUACUUCCCAUUUCAGAACUAAAGGGACUUACAGUUGGCCCCAGAAUUUUCAGGUAUGCUUCAAAGGUGAUAUUCCAGUCUUUCCAGCUGUUCUAUGUGUUGAUGAAGAUUGAGGACCAAAGCUAUAUCCUUAUGCAGAAUCCUCCUGGACUGCCAGCUAUAGCAGUGGCAUGGGCAGCAAGUCGUUUCAGGGGAAACCAGUUCAUCAUAGACUGGCACAACUAUGGAUACACCAUAAUGGCUCUCACUCAUGGGAAGAAUCAUUUCAUUGUUACGUUGGCAAAAUGGUACGAGAAGCUCUUUGGACGUUUCUCGGAUAAUAACUUAUGUGUCACUAAUGCAAUGAGAGAAGAUCUUCGGAAAAACUGGAAUAUUGAGGCAACCACAUUAUAUGACAAGCCACCACCGAUAUUUAGAGAAACGCCUCUGAAACUUCAACAUGAGCUGUUUAUCAGAAUGGGCAGUACUUACUUACCAUUUAGGCCUAGUCCUGAUGUCACUAAAGAGUACAUUGAACUGACAGCCUUCACAGAGCACAAUAGUCAGACAGGUGCUGUGACGCGCUCUGCUGGACGUCCUGCUCUGCUUAUCAGCAGCACCAGCUGGACUG